UCUGUUCCCAGUUACCGGUUCGCCGUCGCCGCCUUUUCUCCUGAACCCCCUCCUACCUAUGAGUCGUUAGAUCGAGGAUCUAUGCGCCCAGAUCGUCGAACGGCGGCUUUUCUACCCAAUAUAUCCAUUGGUUAAUAGUGAACCGGCAAUCUGGAUAACUACCGGCGCGCUGGCUCGCGGCGCGACGACGCGGUUUUGUCAUUCGGAACAGCAUAGGUGUGGCAAGUGGUGGUCGCUUUGGCUUUCAGCUCCUGACCCUUCCGUCAUUGACGAACAGCACGCGCAACCGGUUUUGACGGCCGCACAAGUCGCCUCCGAUUUUUUGUCACAAUGACCGUUGAUGCACAAGAUAACACCUCAGCUCCCGCAGCCGAUCGCAGUGGAGCCGAGUUAGAGGCCAGAAGUGUCGGGCGACAGGCCGAACAACCCAAGAGCAAGAGCAACGGUGAUGGCAAUGCGCCUGCAGAAACUGGCCAGAAACCAAACCCGAAGGAUCCAUCAAGACCGCGUCGGAAGAAGGCGCGAAGAGCUUGCUUUGCUUGCCAACGGGCGCAUUUGACUUGCGGUACGCUAGACUGGCCUCUCAGUUUUAUUCGCAUAGUUCCCCCCAACACCCAAACACCCCGUCACCCUUCUCCCUCCCUCUCCUCGUCUAUCAUUGUUAUGCCCAUAGCUUCCAUGCGCGGCACUUAGGGAAUCGACCUAUCUUCCCCCCAUGUGAUCAUGUGGGUGAGUCUAUACUGAUGUAUUGCUUGCACAUAGGUGAUGAAAGACCGUGUCAACGGUGUAUUAAGCGUGGUCUUCAAGAUGCAUGUCACGAUGGGGUUCGCAAAAAGGCCAAAUAUCUCCAUGAUGCUCCAGAUGGAGCGUUGAUACCUGGAAUUGGCGGAAAUUUCUAUAAUAACACGAUGCGGAAUAAUUUGCCCUUAUCUAGAAAUGGCGCCAAUGCAGUGAAUGCCACCACACAGCAAAGUUCCAGCCCUAAUUUCUAUCCUACGCCACAAUCGAACUCCUAUAGUGUCUACCAGGAAAAUACUAUGACUCAAAAUUCCUUUACCUCUCAGUCCCCUGUGUCGCCGACGUUCACUCUGAAAACUAACCCAGCCGCUCGAAACAACAGCCUUUCAUCACAAGUUGGCCAGCAACCGCCCAGUACGGGUGUAUCAGGUGCCAACCCAAGCCAGAACCCAUUAGCGGGGCCCUUCUUCGACCCGAGCGACCCGGCCCUAUUUAACUUUGACCUGUCUAGUAUGAACUUCGAGAAUCGUUAUGGUGCGCUGGAGUUUGGCAUGCUUGGACAUAUGGCUACUGGGGCUGGUGACUCACCCAGUGACUCCGCUACACAGCGAGGAUCGAUGGGGCGUAGUGGCUCAGCUCAAUUCUCCGGAACACCGAUCACCGGUGCCGCAACCUUCGGCGAAAGCCCCGGAGGUCAACAGCCGUUCAUCUUUGGCGACCCUCUACUGAAUGAAUGGUCCAGCGGACAACCUACCGGCCAAGCACAUGUGAAUGUCGGGGGCGUUUACCCACAGUCUGGCCAGGGAAGUGUAAUACCGGGGCAUUUGACUAAAGCAGAUGCGCCACAUGCGUUUGCGAUUGAAAGCGGCCCCGGAGGCUUCGCUAGUCCUAAUGCAACGACCAGCCCCCAGAUGACGACGGGCUUUGAGGAUGCCACGUUCAACAACGCUGUGACAGCGAAGUCGAAUGGCCUCGCCGCAAGCGGGCCGCGGCCGACGAUCACGACGCCGAGUCUGAAGCACCAAAGCCUACAGGUUGGGGCUAGACGACGCCAGCGGAAUCCCUCAUCCAUAUAUGAGAACGUCAAGGAGCCUUAUGCCUACACUAACCGUUUCCACAACCUGACCGCGUUCAUCCAGCGGCGCUUUUCCCCGCAGAAGACUUUGCAGAUCGCCAAAGCGCUGGCAUCGAUUCGCCCAUCCUUCAUUGCAACGACCAAGACUCUGAAUCGUGACGACCUCAUAUUCAUGGAGAAAUGUUUUCAACGAACUCUGUUCGAGUAUGAGGACUUUAUCAACGCAUGUGGCACUCCGACGAUCGUAUGCCGACGCACGGGGGAAAUCGCGGCCGUAGGGAAGGAAUUCAGUAUCCUUACCGGGUGGAAAAAAGAUGUACUAUUGGGCAAGGAGCCGAAUUUAAAUGUUAAUACAGGUAGCUCGGUCCCAGGCUCGGGCACAUCAUCACGAAGCUUUACUCCGCGAGGCUCCGCGGUGGAAAUCACCCCUGGUCGCCCGCAACCGGUAUUCUUGGCUGAGCUGCUCGAUGACGACAGCGUAGUGGAUUUCUACGAGGAUUUCGCACGUCUCGCCUUUGGGGACUCUCGUGGCAGUGUCAUGACGACGUGCAAACUGUUGAAAUACAAAACAAAGGAAGAUAUGGAGAAUCAGUCGGAUGAGAACCAACGGUGGAACAGCCACUUGCGAAAAGGAGGGAUCGCCAGCGAGGCGGGCAUGAAUCAGCUAGGCUUCAAGGACGGCAAAGUUGAAUGCGCAUACUGCUGGACAGUGAAACGAGAUGUAUUUGACAUCCCUAUGCUUAUUGUGAUGAACGUAAGUAGCCUAUUGUUUCUCAGGGUUGGAGGGUGCUAACUAUAAACAGUUUUUGCCAUGCAUCUGAUUUUUCUUGUUGUAUUAUGGGUAAUGCCACGUACCAUUGAUGUUUAAAUCUACAUGUACGGUCAUUCUUUGGGGGGUAAAAAAUAUCUUCAGUUUCUUUCCUUUUUUCCUAGUUCGCUUUUGUCUUUCACUCGAUUACGCUCUGGUACUGGUACAUAACUGGUUGUAUGAUUCCCAAGGAGCUGUUUAUGGGGGCUCCUCUGUUUUCUAUUGUUCCGCGCUUUUUAUUGUAUAUAGGUAUCUGCACAUAUUAAGGGGUGGUACAUUUCUGAGUGAGUGAUAGUAUCAUAUCAUUCAAGAAAGAUGAAUUAGCUUGAGAGAAUGUAGAGUAGUUAAUAGUACAGC